AAUUCCCAACCCAGCCCAUCAAACACUUCCCUCCCACAGGAAGCGCUACACAAACUUGGACCUGGAAAGCUUGAGGCGCCAGGCCCCGAUCAAGCGCACCUCCCUUCGGAGAGAGAGGCAGCAGCCGUCCAUCUCCGGCGCCGGCUGGCUCGACCUCGGCCGCAGUCAUGUCGAAGAAGAAGGCGGUGACGACGAUGACGCUCAAGGACUUCCACGGCGGCUCCAUCCCCUCCGAGCUCCCUCUCCCCUCCGCCCCUGGCGUCUCUGCACGACCGCCCGACCGCCCCACGGCCGCUCCGUCCGCCUCUUCGACUGCAUCCGCGCGCCCGCGGACUCCCGCCGCUUCCUCCGCAGCGGCGGCGGCUGCCGCUGUCCCUUCCUUCCUCACCAAUCCCUCCCGCAUCGGCCGCCACUUCGAUGAGGACGAGCGCACGCCCUUCGAGCUGGCCGCGCCUCGCCGCCCUGGGCCGUCGCCCCCGUCGUUCCCAUCCGUGCCGGCGGUGGCCCCCGCUAGAUCUGGACCGGGUAACGCCUGGGGUGCGAAGAGGGAGGUCGCUCCAGCCGCGCCGCCGGUUGUUCCUGCCGCCAGCAGCGGUCAGAUCUGGUCGGCGACGCGCAUCGCGCAGGCGAGCGCUGUGGAGAAGGUAAUCUCCGGUAGGUGGCAUUUGUCCAAGCCCUCCUCCCCGCCCGCCUCUGUGUCGGCACCAGUGCUGGAGACUCAGGUGGUCUCGCCUGAGAUGGAGAGGUCAGGGUUGGUUGGAACGAGAGGGUUUGACAGUGCCAUCGAGAGACCAAGGUCGUUGGCUGUGAGAGAGCUGGACGGUGCCAUGGAGAGGCCAAGGUCAGUUGGAUUAAGAGGGUUGGACGUUGCAAUGGAGAAGGGUGUGGAACCAGUGAGGCCUGCAUCACAUGAAGGCAGGGUUGGGGAAGGGAAAAUCGGAGAGGUGCCAGAAAGGCCCAAGCUGAAGCUGCUUCCUCGUUCCAAGCCAAUCGAAUCCCCUGCACCAUCACCUACCUAUAUUGAAGAGAAGCAGGUCCUUCCGGUCCCUGUGAUAGCAAGUGUCAUUCAGGUUGAGGUUGUUCAUGAAGCGCGCCAGAAUGUGAUGGUAGCCAAAACGGGAGUGGCAGGGGCAGAUGCUGAAAGCAGGGCAACUGUGGAGCGACCACGGCUGAAUCUGAAACCUCGCUCUAAUGGAGUGGGUCAGUCUGGUGAAAGUGCUGCGAAGGAGAGGCCAUCCCUCUUUGGUGGUGCUCGCCCCCGGGAACAAGUUCUCAGAGAUCGUGGUGUGGAUGCUUUGGCAAGUGACCUCGAGAUCACCUCUCCAGUUGGCAGGUCCAAAAAUGAAUUUGCAAAGGUCGAGCAGAAGGUUGAAGCUAUGACCAUUAACCCUUCAGGCGAAAAGGCUGAUAGUUUUGCAGUUGGUCACAGAGGCCCAAGGAAUGCUGAUAGGAAAGAUUACAGGCGGGAUACAGACAGGGCUGAUGCAUACAGGCCUACACGACGCGAUGAGAACAGGAAGGUUGCUAGAGAUGUGGAAAAGCAGCCUGAACAACAACGCCCAGAGCCUGAAACCUGGCGUAAACCAGUGGAGCCACCAAAGCCUGAGGUUACUGCACCUCGGUUUGGGAAAGCAGCGACUGCCUUGGAGCUCGCCCAAGCCUUCUCCAAGUCCAUGUCUGAUACUGUGCCGCAGUCUCGCUUGACCAGUGUUCCUAGUCCAAGAGUUCCUCCGAAGCCAGGGGCUAGGGAUCAGGUUGGCUUUUCAAGGCUCACUGACAACGGGGCAUUGCACUCUGGAUCUUCACAGCGAAAGAUUAACGGUUACUGAUCCUGUGGCGAACAUACACUAUGAUCCCGUGAUGACACGGUUCAAAUGUCAUGGCCAUCCUGAAGCACAGUCACUGCUUUACAUUGCAGCCUUGUUCAGUUGUUCCAGCAUGGGGAAGUCGAAUUGUGCGGUGCAGGAGGGGUGCUAGUCUCAUUUUUAGCAAACAAACGUUCCUCUUGUAAGUUGGUGGCCCAUUUCCUCUCUUGAUAACAGGAGAUGAGAAUUUAUAAACUUUCUAUUUGUCAGCCUGCUACCCGCCUGUGAUAUAAGCUGGGGAAUAAUUGCUACCCUUGUAUUGGCAUAGUUGGGCUUGCCGUGUAUUGAUUCUGGCGUGCUUGUUUUAUGAUGUUGCCAGAUUAGGGUGUUUACACCCUCUUACCAAAAUGAUUUUGUUGUGAUUUCAUCAGCAAAGUUAAUUACGAGUGAAGAUUGUACAA